AUGCCCUCCGAACACAAUGGCGACGCUACGGAAGCCCGCACCAAGCGCAAGCAACCGCCCACGCCCUCGAACGAGCGACCGCUGAAGCAGAUCAAGCCCGAAACUGAUAUGCAUACCCGCAACGGCACGUAUGCCGCAGCUGCGCCAGAGCUAGAUGCCCGGGAGCGCACGCCAUCGCCCGGCAUGGACAUCAGCCUCGACGACCUCCCGCCGGUGCCCAUUGCGGCCGCCCUCCACGACACAGCUGAGUGGCAGAGGACGAUAGAGACGGUUGUGAAGAGCGUUGUCUCGAUACACUUCUGCCAGACGUGCUCCUUCGACACCGACGCAGCUGUGUCCUCUGAGGCUACGGGAUUCGUGGUGGAUGCUGAGAGGGGCUAUAUCUUGACCAAUAGGCACGUCGUCGGAGCAGGCCCCUUCAUCGGCUACUGUAUCUUCGACAACCAUGAAGAGUGCGACGUCUACCCGGUGUACCGUGAUCCUGUGCACGACUUCGGCAUCCUACGCUUCGACCCCAAGGCUGUCAAGUACAUGCCCGUGACCGCGCUCGAGCUCCGUCCCGAUCGAGCCAAGGUUGGCGUGGAGAUCCGCGUCGUAGGAAACGAUGCCGGCGAGAAGUUGAGCAUCCUGUCCGGUGUCAUCAGCCGCUUGGACCGCAACGCGCCUGAAUACGGCGAGGGAUACUCCGACUUCAAUACCAACUACAUACAAGCUGCUGCUGCUGCAAGCGGAGGAAGUUCCGGAAGUCCUGUGGUCAACAAGGAUGGCUUUGCCGUGGCUCUACAGGCUGGCGGACGAGCAGACGGCGCUGCAACGGACUAUUUCCUGCCCUUGGACCGGCCGCUGCGCGCUUUGCAGUUGAUCCAGCAAGGAAAGCACGUCUCGAGAGGAACGAUUCAGACACAGUGGAUCCUGAAGCCUUUCGACGAAUGCCGAAGGUUAGGGCUUUCCCCAGAUUCUGAAAAGGCUAUUCGAACGAAAUUCCCGACUGAAACCGGCAUGCUGGUUGCCGAGGUUGUUUUACCCAACGGGCCUGCGUCUAAGAAAAUUGAAGAGGGAGACCUGCUGAUACAGGUGAACGGCGAGCUAAUCACGCAGUUUGUCCGUCUCGACUCCGUCCUGGAUGACAGCGUCGGCGGCAAAGUCUCGGUAACGAUACAACGCGCGGGCGAGAACAUAAGUUUGGAGCUCGACGUGGCUGAUCUGCACGACAUCACGCCGGACCGCUUCGUCUCCGUCGCGGGCGCCUCGUUCCACGAUCUCUCGUACCAGCAGGCGCGCUUGUACGCCAUCUCCCUCAAGGACUCUGGCGUCUACGUUUGCGAGGCCGCUGGCUCCUUCCGAUUUGCUGAUGGGUACGCGUCGGGAUGGCUUGUCCAUGAAGUCGACAACCAACCUACCCCUAAUCUUGAAGCGUUCAUUGAGGUUAUGAAGAAUAUUCCGGACCGCAAGCGAGUCGUCAUCCAAUACAAGCACCUUCGCGAUCUCCACACCUCCAAUACAAGCAUAACCUCCAUCGACCGGCAUUGGCACGCCAAGAUGAGGAUAGCUAAGCGGAACGACAGCACUGGGCUUUGGGACUUCAGCGCAAUUGCCGACGCGAUUCCAGCCGUUCCUCCGGUUCCUGGACGAGCAAACUUCGUCAAGCUCAGCUCAAACUAUCCUGAGGCUGUGGAUAUCGUCCGCAGCUUCGUUCGAGUGCACGUCUCCAUGCCGGUCAAGCUGGAUGGCUUCCCAAAGAUGAAUAAGCAAGGCUAUGGUCUGGUUGUAGAUGCUGAACAAGGCUUGGUCCUUGUGUCGCGAGCACUCCUUCCGUAUGAUCUUUGCGAUAUUAAUCUCGUCAUCGCUGAUUCUAUCUUUGUGGAGGCGAAAGUUAUCUUCAUGCACCCGUUGCAGAAUUACGCCAUCAUCAAGUACGACACCUCGCUCGUCAACGCGCCGGUGAAGACUCCCAAGUUCGCCACCGAUUUUAUCAAGAAGGGCGAUGACACGAUCUUCUUUGGGUUAAAUCAAAACUUCCGACCUGUUGUCGCCAAGACGGUGGUUACCGACAUCACCACCGUGGCAAUCCCCGCUAGCGCAGUGACACCGCGCUAUCGUGCUACGAACUUCGAUGCUAUCACAGUCGAUACGACCCAGGCUUCUCAUAGCGCCAGCGGCGUGCUAGUUUCCGGGGAUGGAACCGUGCAGGCCCUUUGGCUGAGUUAUCUUGGGGAGCGCACAUCACACAGCGGAAAAGACGUCGAGUAUCACCUUGGUUUGGCAACGCCAAUGAUACUCCCGGUCUUGAAUGAGAUCAGGAGCGGAAAAAAGCCCAAACUACGGAUCUUAAACGUCGAGUUCCAGACUGUGCAAAUGAGCCAGGCUCGCGUCAUGGGUGUCUCCGAGGAGUGGAUCGAGAAGACAGAACAAGCUGACCCUGAACGCCACCAGCUCUUCAUGGUGCGCAAAGUUGACUCUGGCCACGAAGAUGGUUUGCAGGAGGGCGAUGUGCUAUUGACCCUGAACGACAAGCUGAUCACACGAGCACCAGAUCUGGACGUCAUGUACAACAACGAGUAUCUGGACGCUGUUAUCGUGAGGAAGCGGCAAGAGAUGUCGCUCAAGGUGCCGACAGUACCUACUGAAGAUUUGGAGACUGCUCGCAUGGUAAGCUUCUGCGGAGCUACCUUGCACCGGCCACACCAAGCCGUUCGCCAGCAGAUCAGCAAGAUCCAUUCCGACGUCUACAUAUCAUCGCGCUCUCGCGGCUCGCCAGCCUACAUGUACGGUCUUGCUCCCACAAACUUCCUCACGGCCGUCAACAACGUGCCAACACCGGAUCUGGACGCUUUCUUAAGGGAGGUCAAGAAGAUCGGUGACAACGAGUACUUCAGGCUGAAGGUCAUGACGUUCGACAACGUGCCAUGGGUCGCAACCAUGAAGAAGAACGAGCACUACUUCCCGACGAUUGAGUACGUCAAGGAUGCUGCUGAGCCUCUUGGCUGGAAGAAGAUCAUCCAUGAAUGUGAUGAAAAGAGCGGUGCGCGAGAGGAAAUAGCGCCGGACGAGCUGGAAAUCGAAGGCGCGCAUGCGUCAGACUAGAUGAGCAGAUGAACAAAGCUCGGCACCGCCGAAACAUUCGGUGGCCAUGAUGGAGGUGGAGAUUGCUUCUCUCUGACGUACAUUGGACUAUAACACCGCGAUACCCUCGCUUCUGGCGUUGGAGCAUAUAAUUCGCAUGGCACGGAGGGCAUUGUAUCAUAAUAGAUAAGAGGGUAGCAUCACAGCAUAUUCCGUGCGGCACGGGCGGGCACUGCUAGUAGACAAAAUACAGGUGUUGGGAGUCAACCUGAGCGACGGUGGUGUUGGUGCGCGAGGUGAGCGAGUGUGCCUCAUGACGACGUGGGUCAAGCCACAUGGUGUAUAUAUUUGGAAUGAGCAAGAUGGAAAAGCUUAAUCGCACGUGGGCCAG